UUUAUUUUGACGUUCUGCGUGUUAAACCUGAUUUUCGCUUUGGUGACGUCUCUUGGAAAUAUCCUUGUAAUUUGUGCCCUUUGGAACGCCUCAUCGAUUCCAGCUAAUGUAAAGAAGUUAUUGCUCAGUCUCGCUUUUUCGGAUCUUUUGGUGGGAGUAAUUUCGCAGCUAAUGCUCGGAGUCAUCACCGGAGUCAUACGAACAGAAGUGAACGGAAACAAAAACUAUGACUUCCUCUGUCCGACAGUGCUAACAAUUUGUUAUUUCGCCAUUUUCUUUUUGGCUGGUACUUCAUGUUUUACUAUAAUCGCUAUCGCUGUGGACAGACUUCUUGCUAUCUCUCUUCAUCUCCGA